AUGCCACCCACGACCCUUUCGCGAGUGCUGCUGAAUGCCGAAUGCGCGCUUCUCAGGGCACUCAAGUCUAUGCCCGAAGCCUCGAUCCGCUUUCCCGACCAUGCGACGCAGAUUGAUUGGGCCGAUGCCUGCACUGCUCGUGAGCCUGACGCACCUCGAAUUGCCUUCUUCCUCGAUGGAAAGAACUACCCUGUACAGGAACCCAGCAACAGAGAUGUUCAAAACGCAUUUUACAACGACGGGAACCGCAGCAUCGUAACUCCUUUGAAAUCUGGUGACAUCGACAAGACAUCGCCCGUGCUGCGAGCUGCUGUUGAGCGAGUCAUCCAACUGUUCGUGCCCGACGACUAA